UCUAUUGGUGCGUUGCUAUAAUAAUUUGUGGUCAAAUAAUGGCAUGCUUUCCACUGUACUCUAAUAGUGGUAAUGAAAGAAUAUUGGCUGUACCGGCCUGGUUUCCAUUUAAUUGGAAAGAUUCUUCAGAAGUAUACGGAUUGUUAUUUGUAAUACAGUGCAUUGGACAAUUUAAUCUUACAGGCAUUUAUACAGUAGCCGAUACCUUUAUUAUGUCGAUGCUGAUGACAACAGCCAAGCAAGUGGAAUUAUUAGGUCACAAUUUUGAGAACUGCAUAUACACCACGCUGCUGCAAUUACAUGUUGCUCAAGAUGAUGUUAUUCAGUUCAGCCGGUCAUUUAACCAAUAUGGAAGCAAUUCAAAUGUAAACGACGAUUAUUACAUCACAAAUACAGAUUCUGUAAUGCGAGUAGUACUAACAGAAAGCUUUCAAGUGAAGCUAAAGCAAAAUUUGGGCAUAUGUGUGCGACAUCAUCAAAAAAUGUUGAAGUUUGUUCGAAGGUUGGAAGACUUCAUUUGGCCGUUAAUGAGUAUUAAGAUGAUGGCGUCAAUGUUUUACCAUAUACUCAUUUGUUUCAUGCUGGUUUGUAACGGCGAUAAAGUGUUUGUCUAUACUUUGGCGCAAUACGAAAUAAUGGCCGUAUUUGAAUUAAUACUGGUUUCAUACUUUGGCCAAUAUCUAAUUAAUAAGGAAGAAGAACUUAAAAAUCAGGUUUACAAUUGUCCAUGGUAUAUCUGCGAUGUCAGCUUUCAAAAAUCAAUUGUUCUCGUUUUGAACGGAUGCCUUUGUAUACCAAGUUUAUCUGUAGUAAAAUUGGCACCUUUAUCCCUUCCGACCGUAUUAGCGAUGUUGAAAUCAUCCACUUCAAUUUUUACAGUUCUACGACAAACACUCGAUUACUAACAUGGCACAAGACUUAUGUAUGCAGAAAACCAUAGUAAUUACUAAUUAGUCAACAAUGUGUAGAACAAGCGCGAGCAGCACCGUAGGUUACUAGAAUGUCGGCGUAUACGCAAACAUUUGGAAUAUUAUAUACGAGUAUAUUGAUGAAAAAUCAAAUAAUAUAAUGGUUCUAAUUUACAUUCAAAGUUUUCUA